AAAAAAGCCCAAAGCAAGCAGGAGCACUUGAAGAAGAAGGAGAAGGAAUUGGAACCGAUAAUGAAGGAAAUUUCCAAAGCAGAGCAAAUGUUUUCCAAUGUCGAAAAUGAAAUGGGUCGUCAAAAUAUUUCUGCUCGAAACGAUUUUGCCGAUACAAGAAGGAUGCUGCAAGGAAUCCAAGAACUUCAUGAGAAAGUUGCAAGAAUCAAGUCAUGUCUAAAACAAAAGAUUGAGGUCGAUUCAAGAGUAACCGUUGAACUGAGGACUCUUCAAAACGAAUUGGACAGGGUUCAGAAUAGUAUCGAUUCAGUGGAUGAUACGGAGACAAAUGCUCGCCUGUAUGAAGUAGAACAGAAGUUGAACGUGGCUACUCAGGAGAAAGCGCGAGUCACCAACGAGCAAGACGAGAAGAGGCACUCCAUGGAGUGCAUUCGUAAUGAGCUCAGAGCGGUGAACAACAAAAUAGAGCAACUGAAGAACGUACUUGUGAAGAAGUUGGCCCUAUUGGAGAGCUAUGACAAAGACGCCUGCCGAGUUCGCCAGUUCAUUGAACAGAACAGAGAUGCUUUCAGCGGCCAGAUCUACGGUCCUCUGUUCGUCGAGCUGAAUGUUGGCAGAAAUUAUGCAAAAUACGUUGAGGGCUCGAUAAGCUGGAAUGAUAGGUUUGCAUUCAUCUGCGAGGAAGCGAGUGACAUGACCAAGCUGGUGCAGUUGUGUCGCGUCGAGCGCAACCUCAGUUUCAACGCGCUGAAGGCACCACCCAAUCGGGGUCCUGCCAGAGAGGUCUACAAGAAACCGUUUUCCAUGUCUGAGCUCAGGAGUAUGGGACUCACGGCGUACCUUAUAGACUUGGUUGAAGGUCCAGAGGCUAUACUGAGGUACCUGUGCCAACACUGCGCCUUCCACAGGAUACCCAUUGGAACUCAGGCUGUACUUGAGGAGAGGAACGCUCAGAGAAUUGCCGAUCUCAAAAUCAACGCCUAUUAUUCAGAUAAGCAUAAGAUAUUGUCGAUCUCAUCGAGUUACUCUCGAACGACGAGGCAAAAAGCGAUGCUGGUGAAAGAGGCAAGCUUGUUCAUUCAUGAUGGCAAAGCAGAUCCGAAAUUAGAAGAAACGGCGGUAAAAUUGAUGCAGAAUUUGAACAAGGAACAAUCGGUUCUCCUAGAAAUUAGCACGAGAAGGAAAGAGACAGAAGAGCGGGUCAACGAACUGUUCAACGAGCGUAAUGCUCUGAGGAAGCUCAAGGAUAACGCUAAAAUAAUGCUGACCAAACAAGAGAAAAUUCGCAGGGAGAUUGUGUCCUUGGAAAACAGCAGAAUCGACAGGAAAAGUGAGGAGCAGAGAGCUUAUCAGGAAAUAAAGACUGUUUUCUUGAAAUGCACGGGAAAAUUUGAAGCACUUGUUGACAAUGUUAAUAAGGGCCAAGAGAAAAUGAUCAGAAAUACGUUGUUGGGCAAAAAAUCGGAGAGGUUGCAGGACGACAUAGCUGCAAAAAAGGAAGCCGCAAAAGAAGCUAGUCAGGAACUGAAUACAUUGAAGACGGAAGUAGCCGACUACAACCAGAAGUGUGUGGUGCUAAAGAAGGACGCCGACACGGCCCGCAAAGAGGCGCUAGCCAUCACCGACAACCUGUCACCAGAUCACGCCGAAUUCGGUCGCAGAUUCGCCCAAGCAUUUGCCAAGCUUCCAGAUACGGCCGACGACAUACAACAGGCAAUCAUCAACUUCCAGGCGCAUGCCGAUUGUCUAGGUGUCAACGAGCAGGCAAUUGUGGAAUACGAGAAGCUGAAAACGAACAUUCUACGAUUGAAAGACGAGCUGCAAGAGAAAACGGACGAGUUCAAUGCACUGAAGGCGCGCACUGGCCAAAUCAAGCAGAAGUGGCUGGAUGAGUUGAGUCAGCUGGUGGUCACAAUCAACAAGUCCUUCUCGGCCGUAUUUAGAAGAAUGGGCUGCGAGGGUGAAGUCUCGCUCACUAACAAUGGCAACGAGGAGGACAUACUGAAGUUCGGCCUGACAAUUCGCGUGAAGUUUCGCGAAGAGGACGAACUGCAAGAGCUGGACAUAUUCAGACAGAGCGGCGGCGAGCGAGCGGUCACCAUUGCUGUCUUCAUGUUGUCGUUGCAAGAGCUCACACAUGUCCCGUUCCGCUGCUUGGACGAAAUCAAUCAGGGUAUGGAUGAACAGAACGAGCGACGAGUGUUUAAAACUUUAGUGGAAACUGUGAAAAGGAACACCUCAUCUCAGUACUUCCUCCUCACUCCCAAGCUGCUGAAUGGUUUGAAAUACGCGGAUGAAGUUCACAGUCACGUGAUAAUGAACGGAAAGGGGGCCGUACCCGAUAGGGAGUGGUCUGUAGUGAGUGAGAGGAUGGCGAGGCUUGGAAUCAAACGAAGACACUCGGACAGUGAUUGAUUGACCCAGUCGACAGUGCAAAUUCUGUGAUAAUUGAACGUCAAGCGUACGAUUAGCUUACGUUCUACCGUUAAAAAUACUAGUAAAAUACCAUGAUAUUUUAUUAAAUACAUACAGACUUGA